AUGUGGAUGUGGAGUUUCAUGGGCGCUGGACGGGCGUGGAUGGGCGGGCGUGGGCGGCAGCAGACUGGAGGUGGAAGCUGGAGCCUCAUUCUGCCGCUGCUUUUGCUCCUGCUGCCCCCAUAUGCUCCCCUGGCGGCCUCCCAGUACACAGUCUCCCCAACAUCCACAGAGUCCGGGGCGUGGGUUGGCGUGGAGAACAACACUGUGGUAAACGUGAAAGCCCAGCUGGGAUACACCGCCUUCCUGCCCUGCUCCGUGCGCAUGAUCGGCGACAAACAGAUCUCCUGGAUUAGGCGGCGUGACUGGCACGUGCUCACCUCAGGAGUCUACACGUACACCAACGACGAGCGGUUCUCCAUCACACACAGGGACGGUGCCGACGACUGGACGCUCUCCAUUAAGUACCUGCAGGAGCGUGACAACGGAACCUACGAGUGCCACAUCUCCACUGGGACAGGAAUCGUGAGUCAGUUCGUGAACCUGAACGUGAUCGUGCCUGAGGCGUUCAUUUUGGGCAACAGCGAGUACCACGUGGAGACGGGCUCGCCAAUCAACCUCUUCUGCAUCAUUGAGCAGACGCCCAUCCCGCCUCAGAUGAUCUCCUGGAAGCACAAUGGACGCCUCCUCAACUAUGACAAGGAGCGCGGCGGCGUGUCGGUCACCAUCAACAACGGCGCCAAGACUUCCUCCAGGCUGAUCAUAAUCCAACGCCAACACAUCAGACUCCGGCAACUACACCUGCGUCGCCCCCAACACGAGGCCUGCCGUCGUCCACGUCUUUGUCAGCCAAGGUGACAAAACAAGCCGCCAUCCAGAGGAGAACGUCGGGGAGCCAGAGUGUGUUUGGAACACGUGGGCGGUUGUGGACCGCCCUCCCCGCCCUCUUCUCCCUCCUCUGGGCGACUUCCUCCACCACUCAGCUGCUCUUAUAGUGUGGCUGACUCUCUACCCUGCCUCUCCCUGCCCUGGCCAACACCCGCGGCAACACGCGGCCCUAUUCUAAUGUAGGGGCAUCGGAGUUUCCGCCUGUCCUGCACCGCUCAUAUAAUUAAGGGUUUGUGAGGUUCACCAGGAGGUGCGUUGCCUCUCAGUAGAACGUAAUGCCUCCAACAAAUCGUGUAAUCACCAACAGACCAAGUGUGCCCUUCACUAAGUGUGUUCUGCAAUAUGGGGUGAAUCCUCAGAUACACCGCGUGGGCCUGGCAGUGUGCAGACGCGUUUACUAAUGUGUGUGUUCUGUGACAAGACAGCAAAGCACAUGGCCUGCAGCACAACGCGUGGCCUCGGAAAAGAACUUGAGGCCUGUAAUAAAAGACGCGGUUCAUAAUGCAACGUGCGGCCAUCUUGUAAAGUGCGUGGCGACGUGUUCUCCGUCCUCCCGAGCCUCUCAGCAGAGCAUGAGCCAAGGUUCCAGAGCCCUGUCAGCGGCACGGGAGGCCCGGGCACUGCAGCCCACACUCAUUGAUUACUGCUCGCCAUGUAAUAUCUCACCGGGGAGUUUACCGUCUUUAGUUGUGUGUUAGAUACCAGCUCAAAGAAGAACAGGCUGCGCCCGAGGGUCGUGAGCCGUCAGCUGCUGCAGGGGAGGCGCGUCCUCCCCUCCCCUCCCUCCCCCUUGGCUCUGUCUGUAGAGUAGACUAAUUUUUAUAUACCAGAAAAUAAGAAAAGUACAUUCUUCUGUAUUUGAUGACAUUGCUAUCUGUAAGGACAGGGUGAGUGAGCGAGUGAGUGAAUAACUGAGGUGAGUGUAAGUAAGUAUGUGUGUAUAAUACGCAUAUAUGUCAAUAUAUGUGGGACGUAACCUAAAUAUAUAUCUGAAAUAUAUAUAAAAAAAAGACAAGAUGUUGAGCGCAUAACUCUGUCGGACUCUAUAUUUCGUAACGUGUAUGUAUAUUGUUAGUCAUGUGCACAUAUUACCCUUACGUGCACCAUGUAUGUAGCUAAUGUGUGCACAGACCACUCCCUGGAAAAGGUAUCAUUAUAAAUUUUUUUAAGAUGACCCUCCAAGGACACCCGGGGCUCCCACUGGGCAGGAGGAUGACCGCCGGGACACCACCAGGCUCGUGGCCACGGCUGUGUCCCACUCCUGGCCUGCUGGCUGCCCGCCCUCACCCCCUCAGACUGUUCAGUGUACAUACCUUACACAGUGCUCGUAUCGGAGGCUCGUCGUCCCCGCUGCUCUCCCGGGACUCUCAGGACAACACUGGGCUUAGGCUGACCAGUGAGAUUAUAUUGCGUGGCUCUAUCACAUUUCAAUCUUGGGUGAAUUUCUAUCAAGUUUUAUUGUCUUGUGUGCUGAUCAAGACUAGAAAUCUAUACUAUUUACAUUAUUUACCUAAAUUUGUACUGGGAGAUAAAAUUAAUAACGAAACCUCUCUCUCUCUCUCUCUCUCUCUCUCUCUCUCUCUCUCUCUCUCUCUCUCUCUCUCUCUCUCUCUCUCUCUCUCUCUCUCUCUCUCUCUCUCUCUCUCUCUCUCUCUCUCUCUCUCUCUCUCUCUCUGUCUCUCUCUCUCUCUUUUCCCUUCGCUCACAGAUACACAGCCCAGCCAAUAAAUUCAAGAAUAUUCCGAGUACAAACUUUAUGAUUUCAAUUAGCGAAGGGAUUUAAUAAUUCCAUCGUGCAAACAUAUCACACGGGGAAAUAGAAUUAAGGCUUCGUCAGAUGUGGUCAACUCGCAACGGAAUAUUUAAUGGCAACUUUUAUUAACGUGUGGAUAUUAUCAAAUUGUUCCCCGUCCCUCUUGCCCCGGAGAGAGAAAACGCGUCCCAAAUCCGCGAGGAUACACGAGGCUGGAAGGGGUGAGAGGGUAAAUAAUGCUUAAAAAUUCUAACCCUCACUCCGCUCUGAUUUCCUUUCUUUCUUCCCCUUUGUCGAUUCCCUCCAUUUUCUCCUUUUUUAGCUUUUCCUCUCUAUCUUCGCCUGUCUCGUUCCUCUUUUCAAUAACUUUUCCUUUCUUCUUCUUCUUCUUCUCCUAUUUUCUUUUCGUCUAUUUUCUCUUCUUCCUUCUCCUGUUCUCUGCUAUCCUCCACAUUUUUCCCCUAUUCUUUCUAACUCUUUUCCUCUAUUUCCUCCUCCUCUUUUCUUUCUUCCCCUCUUCUUUUCCUCCUCUUCUUCCUCCUCCUCCUCCUCCUUCUUCCUUCUUUUCCUCUCUUAUCUUCACCUGUCUCAUUCCUUUUACCUAUAACUUUUUCCUUUCUUCUUUUUUCUCUUUAUUCCCUCUCCUCUUCCUGCUCCUUUUAUUUAACCCAUUUCUUCCCUCUGCUUCCUCCUUUUCCUCUGUUUCUACCAUUCUUCCUAACUUUUCUUCUCCUCCUCCUUCUCCUCGUCCUCCUCCUCUAUCUUCGCCUGUCUCAUUCCUUUUAUCAAUAAGUUUUCCUUUCUUCUUCUUCUUCUUUCUUCUUCCUUCCCUUAUUUCUCCUCCUCCCUCCUCCUGUUCCUGCUAUCAUACCUAUUUUUUCCUCUGCUUCCUCCUCCCCUUCCUCUUUUUCUACCAUUCUCCUUAACCCUUUUCCUCCUCUUCUUUCUACACCCCCUCUCUUUUUCCUCUUCCUACCCCAUCUCUUCCUCCUCCUCCAUCACGUAACACAGUAAAGGCAGUUAUGGCCCCACCUACCAUUGACAGUAUCUCACGGAUAAAAUUGUAAUUGAGAAUGUUGCAAAACUUUUCUCCUCAUUGGGAUAUCUAUGUCGAAAAGUGGUCGUCGGUUCCCUCGGUUCCCUUCACACACACCUACUCCCCACACCUGCCACACUCCGCCCCAAAGGGAUAGGAUUGCUUAAGGGAGAGGGGGAGGCGCCGGAUGUGACUCCUUAUACUACUUGUGGAGUAAAAAUACGAAGCGUGGUCCGUUCAGUUUCACUUCUUUCAGUUUGUACCGUUUUUUUUUUUUUUUUUUUUUUUAGAGGGUGGGAGCUUCCAUCUUGAGAACUGAGGUCAUGAUUAUAAUGGUAGUCUUGAGAAUUUUUUUUUUUUUUUAUUAUUAUUCAUAAGGGUUGGUAGAUCUGUUUGUUUUUCUUCUUGUAUUUGAGGAGUGAAGGAAAUAUUCGGAUUCAUUCUCUCUCUCUCUCUCUCCUCUCUCCUCUCUCUCUCUCUCUCUCUCUCUCUCUCUCUCUCUCUCUCUCUCUCUCUCUCUCUCUCUCUCUCUCUCUCUCUCUCUUAGCUAUGAUAUUACGGUUUGUUCUCUAGAUUCUUUCAUUUUUCACCUUUACUUCCACACUUCACUUAACCCUUCUAUUGCGUCAAGUCCUCGAGUCACUCCCACCUGGUGCGGGUCGCCACACACCACCAGUCUUGUCUGAACCUCUAGAGUCCCGGGCCAGGAGCAGCAGGGGGACGAGACCUCACUCAUCACGUGUUUUUAUGAUGCUUUUUUUUCUACGCCUAAAAUCUGUGAUACACCACCAGAUGUACAGACAUUGUAUAGGAAGCAUUACGACCCGAUUGAUUUCACUUUUAUUUGUGUCUCGUGCUGCUCAAGAGUGCGUCCCUCAUGCGCUGUGUUCUGCGGACAAGGGUGGCGGCGCGGCGUGCAGCCCUCCCAGUGUGACGGACAGUGAGAUGCACGGAAGAAAUGAUGGUGAUAAUGAGAAUUCUGGCAAUGAGAUGCACCAAGAAAAUAAUGAUGAUAGAGAACGUGAGAGAACUGGCAUUUCCAGCAAUGAGAUGCACCAAAGAAAAGAUGAUAAUGAUAAAGGAACAUAACAGAACUGGAACUUCUACAUUUGGAAAGUGCACAUUGAAAAUCUCCACUGAUUGGUGAAGCAUAAUUUUGUGACGGACGGAGUGACGAGGGACGCCCGAGAAAAGAAUUAAAUGUGGCAGAGGAAAGGACUUGGCUGUCCCUUGGCGUUCCUAGCUGUCCCUAAUGACCUCUCUCUCUCUCUCUCUCUCUCUCUCUCUCUCUCUCUCCUCUCUCCUCUCUCUCUCUCUCUCUCUCUCUCUCUCUCUCUCUCUCUCUCUCUCUCUCUCUCUCUCUCUCUCUCUCUCUCUCUCUCAGGGACCCUCGCCGCACCUUAGUGACCAGCGGCUUAAACAAACUUGUAAUACAGGUUGCCUCUGGGACGCCACAAGUGAAUCUCGUGUCUCUGGUGUCGCAGGAAAAAGAAAAAGUAAAGGUCCAAUAUAGCUGCGUUUCUGUUAAUGUGGAUCUCACUGUGGGACGCAAAAGAUAAUUAGAAUAUUGCACAGUGUGAAAGAAUAAGAUAAACUGAACUCAAAAUGUAGAUGCAAACUUUGUCCCCGAAAGACGCAUGAGAACAUUUUAUGCACUGACAUUAUUCCAAAAUAUAACGGAAGCUAAAAAAAAAAAAAUUAAAUAAUAAUAAUAAUAAUAAUAUUAAUAAUAAUAAUGAUAAACAGAGUAAAAUAUUUUGUACUUUUGAGGUAGUGUGUACGUGAAUUUCCUCAGUGUGGGUUGUGUUCGGCACCCCACGGCUGGCUGGCAUCAAAACACUCGUGUCACGGAGACGCGCGGAGUAGGUCUAUUUCGCCGCUCAGCUCCCGUGGACGAGACGUGCGUUUCAACAAGUUCAUGGUAUUCUGUGAUGCCAGUAACAAAGUUUGCGUGGUUUACAUAGUGCCACAGUACUGUACUUACGGCACUCUGGCUCACGUUGGCACUCUGUCCGCUCACCUCCUCUGUAUCCCACACUCCUCUCUGGGGCACGUGACCACCGGGUGCCACGCUCCCCACGCCAUGAGUCCCAGGGAGCCUCCGUGGGUCCUCUCGGCCUGUCUGAAGGCUCGGGAGUCUCUGUGUAGUGUUCUUUACAAUAAAAGUACCAAAAGUU